UCACGUGUCCAACACGGGUCAUCUGUGUUUAUUAUGAUCUGGAAGUGACACAAAGAGGAGACGUCACACGAGCCAUUACUUUUGUCAAGUUGUCAAAGAAAGAACGAGUUUUGGAUUUCUGUGAGUGAUUACGAGAUAAUUAUUUUAGGUGUGUAAGAAGACGGACGAACUUGACGCGUAAUAGAAGAGGAAAACGCGAAGCCAUAUUGAUAACAAUUCUUAACCAGCCAAAACUUUAUUUUUGAGUGAAAACAGCAGAAAAACCGAAAAAAUGGCGAGUGUGUGUGCUGUUUUUGGUAUGAUGUGCUCUUUGAUGAGUUUGGUGUUGAAUGCCCUCGCGAUUGCUACUCCACACUGGCUUCAUUCGAGAUCAAUGGUACCCACACUCAAUAUUGGGCUGUUUAGACAUUGUGAAGUUGAAGAUAAUUUCUGCGGAGAUAUGGAGAGGAUAAAUGCGAUGAUAAAUCCUUCGGAUAUUGCUUGGUUCCGGGUUAUUCAAGCAGCUUUCAUCCUGUCCGUGAUUGGUUCUCUUCUAUCUACCAUCAUGUCUGUAUUUCUCCUCACAAAAUUAUUUGAUGGUGUUGGUGGAUAUAAAAUGACAUCUCUUAUAAAUUUUUUGACAAUGACAUCCGAAAUUACAGUGGUUGUAUUAUUUGGACUGAAUUAUGUUGAUAUGUUUGGACUAGAUGGACAUACAGUUAGUCUAGAAUGGUCUUACUACGUCGCUAUAUCUGCCUGUGUCUUUUUGUUCUUCGCUUUGGUGUUCCAUGCCAUGGAGGCAAGCAGAGCUGCCGAAAUAAUCAAAAAUGUUCAACACAGAAUCACAGGCCUUACUACACCCUACACAUUAUUCGUUGACCAGGAACCUUAAUUUGAAUAUUAUAAAUUGUAAAUAUUGAAUUAUUUGAGUCUGAUAGGAUUUAGAAAAAAAUUAAAAUUCUCACAAAUUGUAUUUGAUUUUUUCAGAGUGUACUUUUAGAAACUACUAGUGUUUAGAGGUAGAAAUUGAAAUCUUCUUUCAGUACAAAACCUUUAAGACAAAAAUUACUAUGUAAUAUUUUAAGAAACUUAAUCAGUUCAAAUAGAAUCAUAUUCAAAAUAACCUUCAACUCACCUAAUUGUCGAAAUCAAAGAACUUACCUACUAAUUGAAAAUGAUUUGUAUGAAUCAUUAAUUGCCAGUUGCCACUAGAAGUCAAAUAAAGAAUUAUUUGUUUUCUACCUGGCUCUGAACUGCCAUGACUAUAGCACUAAUGCCCCUUUAUGAAAAUUUAUGGAAAUUUGAUAUUGGUGAAAAAUCAACUCAAUAAUUUUAACCUAUUCAUUGCUUAAAAUAACAGAGUUUUAAGGUAAUAUGGAAGGGAAUUUAAUUUUGGGUGAGUUGUACAAUAUAUUGAUUAUUUAUAGAAUUACUAAAAAUUGAAAUAUUGCUCAUUGAAAUGGAAAAUAUGCUUUAAUUUCAAAUUUAAGAUCUGACUAUGAUAUAUUUAAUUAAAAUGCUUUAUUGCUCAAAAAAGUUCCCUGCAGAGUCAAAAAACACUAAAUUGAGUUUAAGAAUAUCAAGAAAUUGGAAUUUAGUUUGUAUAUUAAUGAGGGAAAAAGAGGUGUAUACAUUUUUACAGAUGUUUUGGUGAUAUCUUGUUGGGAUUAUUAAGAAUAGAAUUGUGGAUUAAUUGUACAUAAUAUAAUUUGUAAAUAAUGUACUAACAAAUUUUACACUUCUAACAUAUCAAAAUUUUAAUGAGUAUGUUAAUAAUAGGAAAUUACAUUUAAGUGUAUAAAUUGUAGGGGGGGGGGGGCGACUGUUUUUUUGAACAUUAUUAUUUUUAAUGUGUGAAAGCUUUAUCAUGUAAAUUAUAACAACUGGACAAAAUAUUAUUGUUGUCGUUGUUUUAUCUUGCCAUAUGAUGUAUGAUGAUUAUACUAUCAUUAUGAUCUAAAUCAUUUUUUUGCUUCCAGCAAUAUAUGUAUCUAAAAUUUGUACUUAUUUAUCUGUACUUGUGUGUAGUUAUUUUUAUCAUCAAGGUGACCUUUUGAAAAGUAUUGGAAAGUUUAUUUCAAAACAAAAUGUCAAAUGCUUUUAAUUGAGAUAAACCUAGCUAUUUAAAAUCUAUAGCGUAAUGCAGGGUAUUCACCUUUUAGACAAGUUUCACUGUUUUAAUGACAAAAAUAGAAAACGGGUAGGGUAAUACAAAUUUUGUGAUUUUUUGCCGUGAGUAUAUUUAGAACAGAAGUCAAAGCAAAGUCAAACAGAGUGUUGUUCAUUGACCUUAUACCUUUUGUAAAUGCAUGGAUGAACUCGUUACUCUAUGUCAUUAUGAACCCACAUGUAGGGAAGAUAACUCUUAACUUUAGUCAUAGUUGAAUUAUCUCCAUUUGUGUUUCUUAAACUUAGACUUUGCAAUUUCUUUUUUGUGCAUUUAAAACCAUAUGUUUUCUUUGAAACUAUGUAGGAUACCUUUUCAGAUAUCUCAGGUUAAAGGUUAUACAUGGUUUUAUGGUUUAAAGGAAAACAAAAUCAAAAUGCUCAUGAUGGUUAUUGAUUUAAUUUGAAUAGGAAAUAGGCCUAUAGGCAUGUAUUGAUAUUUUUAGUAAGUUUAGAAUCUUUUAAGGUAAAUAUAUUUAUUGUUGUUUUACAGUUGUGUUUGUCAUAUAUGUGUAAUUAGUAUAUUCAUGUUUAACCUUAUAUGGUAUUGAUAUUAUUAAUUUUGUAUUUGGUAUCAAUUUUUUUAAGGAAUCUUUGCAUCAUACAUAGAUUAUCUGAGCGGGACUAAUUGGAGAAGGGACCCAUAUUUUGGGAACUAUCUAGAAGAUAAUAUGUACAAGGCUCAGUAUAUAGUAGUUACUACUUAAUGUCUGAACCACACUAUUUAGAAUUUGAAGUUUUUGCAUUUCCCAGUUUAUCAUAUUAAAUAAAAACUGACACCUAAAUGAAUAUGAAAUCACAUGUCAGUGCUUGGUUAGGGAGAGAAUAUCGACACUUUGUUUUAUUUGAUGGAUCAAGAUCUCUGUAAUUAUGUUUCAGGAGCAAUCCUCGAAAUUUAUAAUUGGCAUAGCUCAAUCAUAUACUCUGGGUACCAGGAAGACAGCCAUUCCAUGCUAGAUAAUAUGUAUGAUGUAAAGAUUUCAAUAACAAAUAAUUUUUUUUUUUUAAAAUGGAAGUUUAUUGAAUUUAAAUUAUAAAUUUUAAUAGUCCCAAAUUUGGUAAUGCUGUUUGAAAGCUCAUUUUAAAAUGAAUUUUAAUCAUUAGUUAAUUACUAAUAUUUUUAUUGUUUAUUGUAAAUAGGUGAAUUGUUUUGUGAAAUUUUUUGAUUUUAUGAAUUAAUUUAGAUUCUCUGUUUUUGUGUCUUAAAUGUCUCAAAAACUGGUAAAGGUUGGAACUGUUAUUUGUGAAAUUUCCAUUGUAGAGAAUUAAAGGAAUGUUUUUUUCAUUUCAAGAACAUACGCCUCUUUGAAUAGGGUCAAAAUAAAGUGUUGAUCUGAUGGUUAAUUUUGAUGAUCUAUUAGAGGAAGUUUAAGAAUUUUAUUUUAAUUUUUACAUAAACUGCCCUUUAUCUCAACAUAGACUGUAUCUUUGGACCCAAAAUCCAAAAGUGCAGAAACUUUGCAAAACAAAUCAGGACAUCAAGUCCUAAUUAAAGCAACACUUUUAAUUUUCCACCCAAUUCAAAGUGGCUGUAUCCUUUUGAAGCAGAUUUCAGAAAUAAUUUUUGAAAGUCAAAAAUAGAAAACUAUGAAAUACAAUGCUAUACAUAUUGUGGUUUAAAGAAACAUUUAUAUUAUUAUACUAUGUGCCUUUAUUAAAAUUGACUUAAAUGAACUUUGAUAGUGCAUGAAAAACACCUUUUCAGUGCUCAGAAAAUUUAACCUAAGAAAUAUAUUGUAUUGUGAUAUUCCAUUCCAUUGUAAAUAAACUUAGAUAUGUGUACUACA